ACUGAGGCAGGCAAAAACAGCAACAUAAAUUGUCUCUUCUCAGAUAUUAAGGUUUCAGUUAGUAACACGAAUUGUAGUACUACUACUUUUACUUCCACCUCUCUCUCUCUCUCUGGUAUUUUUUCUGUUGUAAUGGCAUAGUUUAUCACUUGGAAUAACUUUAUGCUCAAUCAUGGAUUCUGCUGAAGAAAAUCCUUUACCCAAACAAAGUGAAGAGGGUUGCUUUACAAACGAAAAGCUUGCCAGUAUAUCACCUCCUCUAAUCCCAAUGGUUGGGAAAUCGAGUGAAAUAGUCGUUGAGGAGCCGGUGUGUAGUCAGCCGCAUCAUGGGCAUGACUUCAUUCUGCACAUACCAGCCAAUGCAACAGCUGAGGGAUAUGUGGAGGACUCUGAGUCUGUGGCAAUAAACAUGCCUCCUUCGCCGGUUCCAACUCCCAAAAGAGUAAACUUUUCGCCGUUACCUAGUCCUAGUAGUGUAAGGCUUAAUGGUUCUCCAGGUCCCUCAACCAAAGGAAAAUCAUCCAUGAAAAAUUUGCUUCCUAGACUAAGCUUCAAAUUUCGGAAUACAAACUCAGAGACUGAAAAGGCUGCCAUGUUAGCACUUGGAGUUUCCCCUGAGUUGCGGGGAAAGACAUCAAUUCCUCGGACUUUCUCUCUUACCAAGAUUUUUAUACCCAAGAUGAAGAGGACCUCAUCUCUACCAACCUCUCCGAUUUUCCACUCAAAUCCGGAGUCUGCUCAUGGAGGAUUCACCAGCGCUGCAGCUGACUUAUCUAAAGGUGUGUGCCAGCUACCAAUGCAUCGGUCACGAUCUGUACCCGUUCUAUAUAAAGAGGAAAGUAUAAAACAGAUGGACAACUUAGGUAGUGCAUAUCGCGUGGUGCCUACUACCCUGAGUGUUACAGAACAGAGUGCUGCAGCAUCUGUGCCUGUUGGAACAAUUUCUGGUGCAGAUGAGAAGAAUGAUUAUGCUGAGGACAUCCCUCUAGAAGAAGCUGUUUGUAGAAUCUGCUUUGUUGAGCUCGGUGAGGGCUCAGACACGCUGAAGAUGGAAUGCAGCUGCAAAGGUGAACUUGCUCUGGCCCACCAUGAAUGUGCGAUUAAAUGGUUUAGCAUAAAAGGCAACAAGACUUGUGAUAUCUGCAAGCAGGAGGUCAAAAACUUAUCUGUCACACUUUUACGCAUCCAAACCAAUCAGACUCGAGGGCACGGACCUCUUCCACCUGAAAUAACUCAAUACAGGGUGUGGCAGGAUGUUCCGGUUCUUGUGAUAGUCAGCAUGCUUGCAUAUUUUUGUUUCCUGGAGCAACUUUUGGUUAACAAAAUGGGAUCUAGUGCAAUUGCCAUAUCUUUGCCCUUUUCUUGUAUAUUAGGUCUUCUCGCAUCAAUGACCUCGACUACCAUGGUGAGGAGGAGAUAUGCUUGGAUAUAUGCUACUAUUCAGUUUACAAUGGUGGUUCUUUUCGCGCAUAUCUUUUACUCAUUGCUUCAUGUGCAAGCGGUUCUGUCUGUUCUGCUCGCGACAUUUGUUGGUUUUGGAGGUGCUAUGUGUGGCACUUCCAUCCUUAUCGAGAUACUCAAAUGGAGAAGAAUGCGGAGCAAUUGGUCGGCUUCCCAACAAGAUGCUGCUCAAGCUUCGGAGAGUAGUGAUGCACCACAAAACAGAGUGGAUGGAAAUGGCCAACACAGCUGACAAAUUUAUUCAAUCUAGCCCAAAAUAUGGCAAUGAAGCCAUCAUAUUAAUGAGUAGAGUUACCCAGUUGUGCUCAAAUCUUUGUAAAUAUUACUCUAUAUACCUUUGGUAUUCAUUCUUAAUUGGUUGUUUUCGUUUAA